CAAAGGAAACGCGUCCCAGCGGAUGAUACCGCGAUUAACUGGGACUGGCGACAUUUGGAAAGGUCACCCGUGAGCGCAGAGACAGGAGACGCGUUUUAAAGCGCUGCAGAAGAAAAGGCAGAAGAAGACGAAGCGGUAGGUACAUGUGCAGCGAGCUUCGGCUACGAAAGCAGUCCAGGGCACGAGCCAAAGGAGCACACACCCACCAGCAGACAGCGUUCUUCAACAGACUGCGAUCAUCUGAGGCACUGAAAGCAGCAAAACUUCCAGAAAGAUCCUGCGCUCGCACUUUCCCACCCUUCAGCAGGCUGCAGUCAGAAGGCUCUCACACAGCUAAGCCAGUGACUCACCCCAUCUGCGUCUCUCGCUGAGCCAUUAUUACCAUGGAAACCCCGAGCCAAAAACGCACCAGCCGCAGCGCCGUCUCUCCGGCCCGCAUCACCAGGCUGCAGGAGAAGGAGGAGCUGUGCAACCUCAACGACCGGCUGGCCGUGUACAUCGACAAGGUGCGCUCCUUGGAGUCGGAGAACGCCGGGCUGCGGUUGCGCAUCAGCGAGUCCGAGUCCUCGGUCACCCGCGAUCUGUCGGGCAUCAAGACGGCCUAUGAGACGGAGCUGGCGGAUGCCCGCAAGACUCUCGACCAGGUGGCCAAGGAGCGAGCACGCCUGCAGCUGGAGCUCAGCAAGAUCAAGGAGGAGCACAAAGAGCUCAAAGCCAGGAACACCAAGAAGGAGUCUGACCUGGAGGCAGCUCUGGUCAGGUUGAGGGACCUGGAAGCCCUGCUCAACUCCAAAGAUGCUGCCCUCAGCACUGCCUUGGGGGAGAAGCGAACCCUGGAGGCAGAAGUGAAGGACCUCAAGGCCCAGCUGGCGAAGUUGGAAGUAAACUUGGCUGAUGCCAAGAGGCAGCUGCAGGAUGAGAUGCUGAGGAGAGUGGACGCCGAGAACCGCCUGCAGACCCUGAGGGAGGAGCUGGAGUUCCAGAAGAACAUCUACAACGAGUUGGAAAAUGCUCGUCAGUCAGCUGACAGGAACAGCAACUUGGUGGGAGCUGCCCAUGAAGAGCUGCAGCAGACCCGGAUCCGAAUGGAGAGCCUGUCAGGCCAGCUGAGCAAGCUGCAGAAACAGCUGUCGGCAAGUGAGGCCAAGACGCGGGAGCUCGAGGAGGCUCUGACACGCGAGCGCGACCUGAUGAGGCGACGGCUGGAGGACAAAGAUCGCGAUAUCACUGAGAUCCGAGCCCGGAUGCAGCAGCAGCUGGAUGAGUACCAGGAGCUGCUGGACAUCAAACUGGCCCUGGACAUGGAGAUCCAUGCUUACAGGAAGCUGCUGGAGGGAGAGGAGGAGAGGCUGCGUCUGUCACCCAGUCCUCCACCCACUAAAGUCACGGUGUCGCGGACCUCUGCCUCAGGCCACUCUCAGACCACCCGGGUGCACCACUCCUCCACCGCCACUGCCGCUGCCUCCAGCAGCCGCAACUCCUCUGGGAUGAGCGUCUCAAAGAAGCGCCGCCUCCACGACAAUGACAGCGAGACCUCCAGCGUGACAGGAAACACUGUGACCAAGACUCGCAUCAGUCAGCAAGCCUCGGCCAGUGGACGCAUCACGGUGGACGAGGUUGAUCUGGAGGGGAGAUACAUCCGUCUCAGCAACAAGGCUGAUGAGGACCAAUCACUGGCCAAUUGGCAAGUGAAGAGACAGGUUGGGAAUUCAACCCCAAUCAUCUACAAGUUUCCCCACAAGUUCACUCUGAAGGCCGGCGGGACUGUGACUGGAGCUCACAGCACAAGCGGCGCAGACAACGAGUACAACCUGCGCAGCCGCAAGGUGAUGUGCGACUCCUGCGGGCAGCCGAAGGAGCGCGGCGGUGGUUGCGGCAGUCUAGCUGAAGGCCUCCCAGGACAUUCCUACUUCAUGGGCACCAAUGAGCCCAGACAGGGCCGCAUGAAGCCGGAGAACUGCUCCGUCAUGUAAAAAGCAGACAGCACCUCACCUGAACCCAGCACCUCCUGCAGCCCACAGGGGAGAAUGAUUUUUCUACCGUCGGGAUGUUUGUCUUUAUUUUUUUAUACGAUUGUGUCUUAUUUUGUAUUCAGAUUAUUCUGCGGGUUAGAUUUGCUUUGAGGUUUUUUGGCAGAGGGCGAAGGAUUUUCACAUAUAGCUUUCAAGUUUGUAUAUUCAGCUUAUUUUACUGCAUGUUUGCUGUUUGCUGUUUGCUCGUGCUGUUCUCCGCUCUGCUUGCACACACACACACACACACACACACACACACACGCACGCGCGCACACACACAGCUCCAGUGACCAGGGCUUGUGCUUCGAUCCGAGACGGGGUUUCACAUUUAAUGGCCAGGCUGUCAACACUCAACACGCACAGCUAGUGGACCCUAUCAGGCGUACAGGCGAGAGGAGGACGGCUCCUCUGGAGUUUGUUAAUCAUGUUUGUUUCCCAUCAAACAGAUCAAUUCUUUAUUUAAAGCCAAUGUUUACAACUAAAAACAUUUUUUGGAGCAGUGUUGUGCUAUAUUUAUGGAUAAAAUAUGGUAGGAAAAGUCUCCAGAGAAAGCCAAAGCGAUGUAAGCUCAGGGUUUUUUGUUUGUUUUUUUCACCUUAGCCUUAAACAAACGGGGUGAUGAUAUGUUUUCUAUGUGAUGCUGUCGGGCAGCUGUGGUGCACACAGAGAAAAUGAGUAUUUGAGAUGAAUAUAUGUACACGGCUCGCUCCCCAACGAAUGUAUUCAUUAUGUUUUUGGAAUGUUUAAAGAAAUAAGGGAAUUAUUGGGUAAUGUGUCUGGUUAAGUGCGUUUAAUCACAAUGGGAGAGGUUUAUUUUGUACCUGGGGGGAUGUCAGCAGACUGUUUUUUGAUAGAUUGGGUGCCAUAUAUAGAGAGUAUAUAUUAAUAGGCUCUGUUUCUAUUUGCAGUAGAUUUUGGACAUGACUGUUUAACCGAUUAGAAAUACAGAUGUGCCUUCAGAGGCAACAUCUGCAGUUUGUUUUUCCUGCUCACAUGCUUCAUACGGGAGUCUUGUGACCGUCAGCUGUCCUCCGAUCCGUUUGCUCCUAAAAGCUGGUCAUAAGGGCUUUGAAUUUUCUUUCUUUCCUCUAAGCUUUACCGACUUUGCAAAUCCCUGGAUCUGAUUUUGGGACCUCGGUCAGAUUGAGGGGUUUGUGUGACUUUGUAGCUUUGGCUUCACGCGCUGCUUUUUGCCAGUUAUGCACAGCAGGUAGAUUUGUAGUCUAGUCUGGCAGCUUAACUCAUUUAUACUCCAGUGGAAAGCAUAUCAAAGCAUUUGUGGAAGAUACUUGAUAGCUGUCGUGGUAUUGUUUUUGUGUGGGUUUUUUCUUUUUAUACUUAAAAAAAAAAAAA